AAUACUGUUUCCUUUUUCAAAACGUUUGUUUGGCUCAUCAGAUAAUCCGUGUGUGUGUAUGGUAACGACUCCAUAAGAGAAGAGGAGCAUCAUGGAUGAGAACAGUAAACCAUUAUUGGGUUUAGCACACACUGGAGAGUAUUACACAGAUUCACUGGACUCCAAACUGAGGAGGCCGUUCCAUGUGGAGCCCAGGAAUAUUGUGGAUGAUGAUGUUCAGGAGCGGGUGUCUGCUGCGGCGUCAGUGUUGAGCAGUCGAGUUCAUUACUAUGGCCGUCUGACUGGCUCUUCUGACAAACUGCUGGUACCUCCAGAUCAUGUGAUCCCGGCUCCUGAAGACAUCUAUAUCUACAGUCCUCUGGGAACAGCGUUCAAAGUGCAGGGAGGAGAAAGUGCUGUCAAAAACCCCAGCAUUGUCACAAUUUUUGCCAUAUGGAACACCAUGAUGGGAACAUCUAUAUUAAGCAUACCCUGGGGAAUAAAACAGGCUGGCUUCACUCUGGGCAUCAUCAUUAUUGUGCUCAUGGGUCUGUUGACGCUUUACUGCUGUUACAGAGUACUAAAGUCCCCAAAGUCAAUACCCUAUGUAGAUACUUCAGACUGGGAGUUUCCUGAUGUGUGUAAAUAUUACUUUGGGGCAUUUGGAAAAUGGUCGAGUCUCAUAUUCUCCUUGGUGUCACUGAUUGGUGCUAUGGUGGUUUACUGGGUUCUUAUGUCCAACUUCCUUUUCAACACAGGGAAAUUCAUUUACAACUAUGCUCACAAUGUCAGCACAUCAGAUACAGAGUUUGGCACGAAUGGAACAGACAGAGUGGUGUGUCUGCAUCCUGAUUUGGAUCCCAACAAGAACCACAGUUUUGUUUUCUACAUGGGUGACAACAGCACAGGACAUGAUGUGUUUGACCGCUGGUGGAGUAAAACCAACACCAUCCCUUUUUACCUCAUCAUACUGUUGCUGCCACUGCUCAAUUUCCGCUCUGCCUCGUUCUUUGCCAGGUUCACCUUUUUAGGCACUAUAUCAGUGAUGUAUCUCAUCAUUUUGGUCACCCUUAAAGCUGCUCGACUGGGAUUUCACCUGGAGUUCCACUGGUUUGAACCAUCUAAAUUGUUUGUUCCAGAGUUCAGAUCGCUCUUUCCGCAACUGAGUGGAGUUCUGACACUCGCAUUCUUCAUUCACAACUGUAUCAUCACCCUUAUGAAGAGCAACAGACAUCAAGAAAACAAUGUGCGGGACCUGUCGUUGGCUUACCUUCUCGUGGGGUUAACAUACCUAUACGUGGGCGUGCUGAUCUUUGCUGCCUUUCCAUCACCUCCGCUGUCUAAAGAAUGCAUCGAACCAAACUUUCUGGAUAACUUCCCCAGCAGUGACAUCCUGGUGUUUGUUGCAAGAACGUGUCUUCUGUUCCAGAUGACCACCGUUUACCCUCUGCUGGGGUAUCUGGUGCGGGUGCAGCUGAUGGGGCAGAUCUUUGGUGAUCAUUACCCGGGUUUCCUCCAUGUGUUUGUUCUGAACAUUGUCGUCGUUGGAGCUGGAGUUCUCAUGGCCAGAUUUUACCCCAAUAUUGGCUCUAUUAUCAGGUACUCUGGGGCGAUGUGUGGUUUGGCUCUGGUGUUUGUCCUUCCCUCUCUGAUACACAUGAUCGCACUGAAGCGACGAGGCGAGUUACGCUGGCCAUCCACUGUCUUUCACAGCCUCCUCAUCCUGCUCGGAGUGGCCAAUCUGUUGGGACAGUUCUUUAUGUAAGACCUCUGUGCCUUCAAUUGAAUUCAUCACACAUGACUUCACAGUGUAGAGUUCCCACUUCUUCUGUUGGGAAUCAUUCCUCUGGUGCUUCUUACAGGACUGAAGUCAUGACACUAACUGACUAAUCAAAGUAGCAAUGGGUUUUAUUUCAAGGCACCAAAAUGUCUCAGUUUACACAUUUUAAUAGAUUUAAUUCAAAUGAUAGAUUUAGCAUAUUGUUUUUAUCUGUUCCCAUUAGCUUCAGACAAGCUACUGGACGCUGUCAUCAGGGAUCUAAUCAUUUUUUCUUUUUACCUGUAAAUGUGAUCAUAAUCAAAUCAUAAUGCAUCAUAUUUCUCCCCGAUUUCAUUCAUUUGGUAAAAGUGCAGUGAAGACAGACUUUACCAGAGCUAUUAUUGUGCUCCCGCAAGAUGCAAGACUACACUGUAGAAAAUGACACCCUCAUAUUUGCAUCAUAUUUAAACAAAUGACACCGAUCAAGCCGUUUCACUGGUAAUAACACUACAUGAAGUGUUCUGUGGAAAGACCCAGUUUUGACUGUUGUGGAAUUAAACAUGCAUAAUUAAUGGAUCCAUAAAGGGAAGCAAAAGUGUCUGUUCAUGAUAACUGUUUCUUGUUGCCUUUGAUUGUUUGAUAUUGUGUUCUGAUUCAACAGAAGAGAAACACUCUUAUGAUGCAUUCUAUAUGAGUUCAUGUCACUUUAUAAAUCAUAUGUCAUGGAUGAGAGAAGAUUCCAUUUGCACACGUCUGAGAUUCCAAAGCUUGAGUCACUUUUAAUGUAUUUGUAAAUAUUCAUUUCUGUCCAAACAACGUCUCAAGUUCUUGCGUAUGCUGUUAUGGAUAAUAAAUAGUAA